GUGCUAAUCACUAACACACGUAAAUCGGCGACGACCAAGCGUAGCGAACGAUACUCGAUCGUGCACUGAUUAAAACGAACGGAACGAAGAUGGAAACAUCUGGUUUCAUAUGAUCACAGUUUUGACCGGUCCGGCAAGGAAGUAACUUUCGAUUUCAAUGCAUACGACUCGUUAAUUAUUGUUGAUACCAUCUGCUUGAAAUGUUGCUGAAGUGUAUAUUAGUGUUUACAAUUCUACUCAAAAUAGCACAUUCAACUGUAGAGGAACCUGAUACAAACGAUCAGUCGGUUUCAUUCAUAGACCUCUAUGAACGAGGAGUUCAAAGUUACUUGUCGAACGAGUUUGAUGAUUGCGUAUACUUUCUAGAAUUUGCGCUGGACAAGUACAAAAAUUACUAUGAAACUACAGCUAACUGCAGAAUUGAAUGCGAGUACAGGAGUAGAGAUGUUAAAAACAGAGGUGAUUUUUUACACCCCAAUGAUGUGGAAAACUUGAACUUUUAUGAACUGAUUUUGAAACGAACUCUGUGUCUCACAAAAUGCCGUAAAAGAAAUACAAAUUAUCUGCCGUUCGAAGGUGAUUUUGAUAAUUACUUCAUGGAUAUAUUCAAAAACAGGGAAGCAUACUCUUAUCUACAUGUGUGCUACACAAAAACAAAGCAAAUCACAUUAGCUGCAUCCGCCGCUUUGACUUACAUGGUUAAGCAUCCCGGCGAAGAGAUGAUGAAGAAAAAUUUUGAACUUGCUAUCGAGAAACCAGGCGUCGACAAGGAAGCGAUCGUUGAUUUGGAGGAGAAGAAAUUUGUCAAGCUCUUCGUUGCUGGUAUACUGGCGAUAAACGACAAGGAAUGGGAUAAAGUCAUUUCGUUCUUGGAGAGUUCGAUAAUGCAAUUUAUAUAUGACGAGAAUCAGUGUCGAGCGUACUGCGAGGGGGAAUUCGAUCACGGUUUUAUGCCAGACUUUGUUUCUGCCAUUGCAAACCAUUUCACAAAUGUAUUGUAUUGCAAAAUUAAUUGCACUCGAGAGAUGGGUAUGGUACGCGGAAAGUAUUAUCACAAUCUCUUUGCCGGACAUUAUCAAUAUCUACAAAUGGCGUAUUACGAAGCUGGAAAACUUGAAGAAUCUUAUCGAUCCGGUGUAAGCUUUCUGUUGUUCAACAAAGAUGAUAUUGACAUGUUGGACAAUUUGAAAAUGAUCGAAAGGGAAGCCAAAGGAAUCAUGAAUGAAAGUUUCUUCAAAGUUCGCAGGGAAGCCAGUGAGUAUUACAACAGAAACUCGUACGAAGAUAAAUUGUCAUCAUACAUCAAAACAGAGUUUGAUAAGCUUUCAAUUGAUGAUAAUGUGCACAUAGAUGAAUUGACCGAAGAAGAAUCAAAUGAGAAAAGUGUAAAUGGAACCGACGAUGAUACUGAUGACAUCGGAGAGGACGAGGAAAGUGAAAAUGUACUUCAAGAAGACAUGAUUUACCAAACUAAAAAUAAUGGAUAUCAACGUGAUGAGCUUUAAGUGUCAUGUCAUGUGCCAUAGUAGAAACUAAGUGUAUAUAGCAUAAUGACAAAUUCAAAUUAAUACUCUAACCUACUGAACAUUCGACCAUUUCAUACUUAUAGAAAACUAAAGCAUAGCAAAUAAAAGAAUGAGACUUUUUGUUUGA